AUGGGCGAAUCAGAAAUCGCCCCGUAUAAAGUACUUCAAAAGUGGCCAAACGAGAACCUGGAGUUGCGUCAUUAUCCUGCGCAGAAUUGGGCAUGCACCCAGGCUAUUGCCCCUCGGAUGAGUGAUAUGUCAUCAUCGGGGUUUAGCGAGUUGUUCAAAUACAUUUCAGGAAAUAACGUUAAAGGUCAGAAGAUCGCUAUGACGAGGCCUGUAUUGGUUGAAAUCAAGCCAGGUCCAAGAUCUACAAGUGACCGGUUAUACAAAAUGGGAUUCUAUAUGUCAGCAGAUGAAUGCCCCUCACCUCCGACGCCAAAGGCGAGUAGCGUGUUCAUAGAACAUAGACCGCCGUUGAAAGUUUAUUCUCGCGUGUACUCUGGCUUCUCGAAUGAAAACAAGUUGAAUAAGGAAGUUGGACGACUUGCAAGUGUCUUGAAUCGGAUGGGGAAAGGCUAUCGAACCGACGUGUACUUCUCCGCGAGCUAUAAUUCACCGUUUGAGCUGUUCAAUCGGCGAAACGAGGUGUGGCUUGUUGCUGACCCUGACUCGUA